GAUUCCUGGGACAGUAAAAGUAGGAGGAGGGGAACUCCCUGCUUUCACUACAUGUUGGCAGCGUUUGGGGUCGAAAAAGACUGAACCUAUCUCUGGUUAAACAUAGUUGUGGAAAAGGUACAAUUGGAUAAAUUACAAUUAUUAAAGAUUCUGGCACAAAGGUUUGUUGUUUUGGAAAGUCAGGAUGGAUACAAGAUCUAAACAAAAGAAGGCAUUAGAUCAGGUUUCCACUGAGAGUAGUGAUGAGGAACAAACAGAGAUGUUACCUCAAGGCAAUUUUGAAGCAGCAGGAGGCAGCGCAGAGGGGCUGCCAGUCCAAAGCUUUACUCCGGAGGGAGAACGAGCACCGUCACCGGUACGGGGUCGACGGAGUAUGGAUAGCCAAGUUAGCCAGAGUGGGGGGGUGCCACCCAUGGAUAUGUGGGCAGAAAUGCACAACUUCUUCUCGAAACAGAUGGCUCUUAUGACUACCCUUGUACAACAACAACAAGCUUUUGCCCCACCAAGCCAAGGACUGAGGUCUGGCAGAGUGUGUUUGGGAGGAGCGGAUCCAGCAGAUUUUCCGUUUUAUCAAGCGGGAGAGGAUAUCUCCGAGUUUUUUUUAAUCUUUGAGCAAGCGUGUGUGGACCAGUCUUUAGACAAAAAAUACUGGAUGAAAAUUCUACGCACUCAAGGAAAGGGAGAGUUAAGAAGUCUAAUGUGUAAACUCCCGAGAGAGCUAGCUGAUGAUUAUGAAAACUUUGUAAAAUUGGCAACAGCCCAGUUUGCGCUAUCCACCAGGGCAUGUUACCAAAAGUUUGAGACUUUGACAAAAAAAUCAAAAGAGACGUUUUCAGCAUUAAGCGCUCGUACUGCUCAAGCUAUGGAUUUGUGGAUUGCAGCUGCAAAAGCUAAUACUUUUGAGCAGUUAAGGACUGUGUAUACUCUGGAGAAAUUUUACAAAAUGUUGCCAAGAGAGCUUGCCGCAGCGGUGCGAGGCAAAAAGCCAAAAAGCUUGCAAGAAGCCGGUCAUUAUGCUGAUGAACUAGAUUCCUUUCAGGACAAAGAGGAAUUGCCUAAAGCAUAUGUUAAAAAACCGGGCAAUUACAAAGGGAAUCAACCAGCGGGUGGAGGAAGUGAGUGGAAGAAAAAAACGUGGCCAUCUGUAGUUAAGUCAGAGGACAAAGGGGAGAGCUCUGUUCCUGCUGCUGUUCCCGUGCGUCCGCCAGUUUACCAACCGAGUAAAGCAGUUUUGGAGAAUUUAUGCUUUCUAUGUAAACAACCGGGGCACAGAAAGGACCAGUGUUCCCAACUGAUUAAGAAGCAGAAUGUGAGUGUCAGCAAAGGGACUAAAAUAGCGGUAGUACAGAGAGCCCGUGAUUAUGAAGAACCAGGAGGGCAGUCAUCUCCAGAAAUUUCCCGUUGGUCGUCUUCGGAUUCUAAUUCCGACCAGGACUGGGAGUUUUCAGCUCCUAGUACUGAGAAUAGUCCCAUCACCCAAAGGAAAGGAAGUAAACAGACUCCUGCGGAAAUUAAAUUCAAUCACCCAAGUGGAUCCAUACCCCUUACCCAGGAUGGAUCAUCUGAUUGA